UUUAUGGCGCCAUAAAGAGCUCCUGUCUCCUUUCCCGUUUUUUGACCCCCGCAAGUUCAAGUCAUUCCAUUUGCGCUUGACUUUCUUUUCCCACCUGGAAACGAAAGUUUUUGUCAACAAAUCGCGUCGUGACGAUUUGUUGGAGACGCGUUGCCGAGCUUCCCACUUUUAUUUUGGCAUCUCGCCACUUCCUGUCGACGUUCCACUGGGAGACAUCUCAGCAGCUUUUUAAGCAACUUUUUGUGAACAAAUGAGCCCGGAUUUGGAUGGGGAAUGUGUCAUUAUCCAGGCCGCUUAUCCUCACAAGGGCCGCGGGAAAGCUGGAGCCGACCCCAGCUGUCUUCGCCCCGAAAUGUCGCAGAGAGACCAUCGCUGAGCGGGAAUCGAUCCCGCGCUGCCCGUGUGUUCCACCGCCACACCAUCAGUGACGCUCAUGGUGACUAUGUUUAGCUGUGUUAGGUGGUUUUAUUUUGGUAGGCGUCAAGAGGAACUUGAUGUUUUGGUCCUGCUAAAUGGACUCCCAAAACCUGUCAUAUCUUCAAACUUUUUUUUUUUUUUUUUGCAUCUUCUGUGACUUCAGAUUUGACUUUGUGAGUCGCGUGGGCAAAGUUGUUGCUCCGGCGAAGCCACGUUUCGUUCUUUUCCCCUUCCUUUUAUUUUGUUAGCUCGCUUCUUCCUUAUCUUUGUGAACAAAAAUCUUUGAUUUGCGUUCAAAGUCUUUGAUUUGGAUCUUGUGUGACUGUUGAGUGGCGCUCCGGCGCCGCUCCGCUUUGGCAGCAACAUUCUACUUCAACGUCAUGCAACGUUAUUAAUAUUAUGUGGCAAAAACUGUUCAAACAAAUCAAAAAAUAUAUUUCACGGUGUACAGGAAUAAAAUAUAAUCUUGUAGAUUUGAGCAAAAUGAAGCGACUCGGCUCGUUUGAUCAUUCUUCUUAUGAUAUCGCAAACUGGAUGUUUUGAUAUGAGGAAAUCCUCAAAAUUAAUCAUUUAUGGGGCAAAAAUGGCAAAACAAAAAUUGAGCUACUAUUGAAAAAUAUCCCCCCCCCCAAAAAAAAAAAAAAAAAAAACAGAACACAGGACAUAAUCUGUUGAGUAAUUGCGCUGCAAUAAAAAAAAAAACAUUAAUAAUUGAUAAAAGAUAGAAGCAAAUGUUGCUGUUGCAGAUGAUUGUAAUCUAAUCCGGAUCCUCUCUUUAGUGGCUUUUAUUGGACGUAUUGGACCGAACCCCAACGAAGUGCAGUUCCGCCUGUUUCGCUCUUAUGAUGAAAGGGCCAACCGGAUACGGCGCUUCUUCGCCCCCGUGAGCUUGCGGGGCCAACUUGUUCCACGCGGCCCACGACCCGCCCCGCCCCCCGAACCGUCCCCGAACCCAGCCUCACUUCCCCGCGCGUAGGCGACCCGGCUCAGCCAGUGUUGCGCCGCGAGUCUCUCCGCGAGUCUCUCCGCGAGUCUCUCCGCGAGUCUCCCCGAGCGCGACGCGGCUCUCGGCGGCAUGAAGGCGUCCGCCUGCUGCCUCGGAUUCGGACUCUCUGGAUUUAGCGGACCGCCGGAACCGCCGGCGGUCGCUCGACGGUUUUGAUUGUCUUUUUUAAAAACUGGUCCUUCUUGGACUUGUGCUGGAGGAUUUCCUUUAAAAAAAAAAAAAGCAAGAAAAAGGAGUUUCGGGGGGCGAUAUCGAGCGUGGAAUUACCCCCCCCCCCCGCGCGCACCCCCCCACGUCGACUUUGCUGCCUGCGUGGAUUUAGAUCGGGUGGGCCGCGGGGACGCCAUGCGAACUCCGGACGCCGCCUGAGUCGGCGUCUGGCCCCGCUUCGGUUCGCCUCGCCGGAAUGACGGCGGCGGCGGCGGCGGCGGCGUGGCGCGCCCUGUGGCUGGCGUGCGUCCUGCUGCCCGGAUGGGCGGCGCCGGCCAGGCUGCCCGCCGCCGAGCCCGCAGACGCUUCGUCCAGCGAGCCGACCUUCCUGGAGGACUUCGUCCUGGGCACCGGCGACACCCUGGAAGUGUCAUGUGACCCCGAGGAGGACUCGGCGGCCCGGCCCGCGCUUUGGUACAAGGACGGCGCGGUGCUGUUGCCCGGCGAGCGGACGCGGCCGGGCCAGAGGACGCUGCGCAUCGUCAACGUGUCGCAGGAGGACUCGGGCGUUUACGCCUGUCGACUCGCCCGCACCGACAAGCUGCUCAGCAACUACACCAUCAGGGUGACGGAUUCUCUGUCGUCUGGUGAUGAUGAAGACUACGACGAAGAUCCAGCAGAUGCAGGUAAUGACAAUGAAGCCCCCUACUGGACCCGGCCGGACCGGAUGGACAAGAAGCUGCUGGCCGUGCCGGCCGCCAGCACGGUGAAGUUCCGCUGCGCGGCGUCGGGCAAGCCCACGCCCGGCAUCCACUGGCUCAAGAACGGCAAAGAGUUCAAAGGGGAGCAGCGCAUGGGCGGCAUCAAGCUGCGGCACCAGCAGUGGAGCUUGGUGAUGGAAAGCGCCGUCCCGUCGGACCGCGGCAACUACACGUGCGUGGUGCGCAACAAGUACGGCGCCAUCGCGCACACCUACCAGCUGGACGUGAUUGAACGCGCCCCGCACAGGCCCAUCCUUCAGGCGGGCCUGCCGGCCAACCAGUCGGCGGUGGUGGGCAGCGACGUGGAGUUCCACUGCAAAGUUUACAGCGACGCCCAACCGCACAUUCAGUGGCUGAAGCACAUCGAGAUCAACGGCAGCCGCUUCGACGCCGACGGCGGACCCUUCGUCAAGAUCCUCAAGACGGCCGGCAUUAACACCACCGACAACGAGCUGGAGGUGCUGCUGGUGUCCAACGUGUCUCUGGAGGACGCGGGCGAGUACACUUGCCUGGCGGGGAACUCUAUCGGCUUCACUCACAACUCGGCUUGGCUGACGGUUCUUCCAGCCGGUCCGGACAAGGAGGACUACUACGCCGACGUCCUGAUCUACGUGACGGGCUGCGUCCUGUUCAUCCUGGCGGUGGUCAUCGCCGUCCUGUGCCGCAUGCGCAUGAGCGCCCAGAAGACGCUGGGCGAGCCGCCCGUGCAGAAACUCUCCAAGUUCCCGCUCAAGAGACAGGUAACAGUGUCCUUGGAUUCCAACUCGUCCAUGAACUCCAACACGCCGCUGGUGAGGAUCGCCCGCCUGUCGUCCGGCGACGGGCCCCCGCUGGCCAACGUCUCCGAGCUGGAGCUGCCCUCCGACCCCAAGUGGGAGUUUUCCAGAGCGCGGCUGACGCUGGGGAAGCCGCUGGGCGAGGGCUGCUUCGGUCAGGUGGUGAUGGCCGAGGCCGUCGGCGUCCACAGGGAGAAGCCCAACAAGCCGCUGACGGUCGCUGUGAAAAUGCUCAAAGAUGACGCGACAGAUAAAGACUUGUCGGACCUGGUGUCCGAGAUGGAGAUGAUGAAGAUGAUCGGAAAACACAAAAACAUAAUCAACCUGCUGGGGGCCUGCACGCAAGACGGCCCGCUCUACGUCCUGGUGGAGUACGCCUCCAAAGGCAACCUGCGGGAGUACCUGCGAGCGCGUCGGCCGCCGGGCACGGACUACUCCUUCGAUACCUGCAAGAUCCCAGACGAGCAGCUGACCUUCAAGGACUUGGUGUCCUGCGCCUACCAGGUGGCCCGAGGCAUGGAGUACCUGGCCUCGCAGAAGUGCAUCCACCGAGACCUGGCGGCCAGGAACGUCCUGGUGACGGACGACAACGUCGUGAAGAUCGCCGACUUCGGCCUGGCCAGAGAUGUGCACAAUAUCGACUACUACAAAAAGACCACCAACGGCCGCCUGCCCGUCAAGUGGAUGGCGCCCGAGGCCCUCUUCGACCGGGUCUACACGCACCAGAGCGACGUGUGGUCUUACGGCGUCUUACUGUGGGAGAUCUUCACGCUGGGGGGGUCGCCGUACCCCGGCAUCCCCGUGGAGGAACUCUUCAAGCUGCUCAAGGAGGGACACCGCAUGGACAAACCCGCCAACUGCACCCACGAGCUGUACAUGAUCAUGCGCGAGUGCUGGCACGCCGUCCCGUCGCAGAGGCCGACCUUCCGCCAGCUGGUGGAGGAUCACGACCGGGUUCUGUCCAUGACGUCCACCGACGAGUACCUGGACCUGUCGGUUCCGCUGGAGCAGUACUCGCCCGGGUGCCAGGACUCCGGCAGCACGUGCUCUUCGGGCGACGACUCCGUGUUCGCCCACGACCCCGCGCCCGACGAGUCCUGCCUCCCCGAGCGGCUCCCCCCCGCCGACGCCGUUCGGACCUAGCCCGCCCCGCCGGGAACCGUCGAUAAUCACCUCGCCCGGUCCGGCCGCGAGGACGCCGUCCUGCCGCCGGCCUCGGGAAACUUUGAAGGACUUGUUUUUGUUUUUGUUUUUUUUUUUAAAUCACAAAGUUUAUUUUUGUACACGGCCAGUCUUUUGUCACGGACAAUCUGCGGGAAACGGGAAAUGCGGGCCGGGGGGGGGCAACCCACCUGCGCCUCCCCGUUGGUCCGACUUCGCGUCCUUCCAAAGUCCUCCGGCGAGUCGCGAUGGCGCAAAAGAAGCCGUGGGAAUUGCAAACGUGCAUCAGAAGACGCCGGCGAUGGGGAAGACGCCGUCGCCACGGAAACCUUUCAAGUUGAUGGAUUAACUAAGGGG